AGAGAUUCUUAGAGCCCUGCUGACCGGACCCUCCUCUGCAAGCACACAGGAGCUAUGCGGCCCCAGGUCCUCCUUGCCAUUGCCCUGGUGGUGCUUGUGGCCUCUGCUCGAGCCCAGGACCCUGUGGUGUCUGAGGAGCCCUCCAUCCUGGACGUCAUGCAGGACUAUGUGCACCAAGCCACCAAAACCGCCCAGGACGCACUGACUAGUGUGCAGAAGUUCCAGGUGGCCGAGCAGGCCAGGGGCUGGAUGUCCACCCACUUCAGCACCCUGCAUGACUACUGGAGCACGAUUGCUAGCACCGUCACUGGCUUCUGGGAGCCCAGUGCCAAGGUCGAGCCAACCCCACCCUCUGAGGUUGUGUAGACCUGGACGCCCACCUAUCCUGCCACCUUCAGUACCUUCCCUGCCUACCCCAGUCCCCCCUAUGCCCUCAGACACGCUGUCCUCCCAAUAAAAGUGGAGAGAAGCCGUGGGCA